CGAAAACAGCAAACGGUAUACACAAUCCAGUGCCGCGCCGCCAUCUUGAAGUGGAAUGAGUGGGGGCUACAGCUUAGUGAGCACCUAGCGUUGUACAAGAAAUUACGAAAGUGGCCUAUAAGACUGUAAAUUUAAGAAAAUAGUGUUUACAAAUUGAAAAAAUACCUCAUUGUGUCAUAUGAUAACCGAAACGUGUUUUAGUUUGUGUGUUUUUCCUUUGGCGGACUUUGCAGACCUGAAAAUUUAACAGCGUGGCUACACUCUACAGCUUGUCUUUGUUUCUGUUAUUAAGAUUCCAGAGUGGUCCACGAAACUGGUUGGAUUAAUCGAAGUCUUUCAAAGGUAGUCCUUAUGGUUUACAAUGGAUCAAGAACGUGGUCGCGUAGUGUAACCUAGUUCCUAUUACGGAACGGUCCGCUGUGGGACAGGUGGAACAGCAACGGGCCGGCCAAGUGUCUACAGGGCGUGCGUUGUGUGCGUGUGUGGACCGUGUGCGUGUGUUAGAGACGUGCGCGUACGUCGUGCGUGUUCGUGUGUAGUGUGUGUACAGCAACAAGGCUGCGUUGUAUGUCGCAAAGAUACAGUGCGCACCUUUUUUAACCGUUAAGUUAGUCGACCAAUGGACAAACGCAAAAUGAUGCCAAAAAGGCCUCGUGUUGCUGGGCCAAUUUCGAAUGGCCCGAUGCAGACGCGCCCCCUUGUGGCCCUCCUCGACGGCAGGGACUGCUCGAUAGAAAUGCCCAUACUAAAAGACGUCGCGACGGUGGCAUUCUGCGACGCACAGAGCACAAGCGAAAUACACGAGAAAGUGUUGAACGAGGCUGUCGGCGCGUUGAUGUGGCACACCAUCAUACUGACCAAGGAGGACUUGGAGAAGUUCAAAACGUUGCGUAUCAUCGUGCGCAUCGGUAGCGGCGUGGACAACAUCGACGUGAAGGCGGCCGGUGAAUUGGGCAUCGCAGUUUGUAAUGUGCCAGGCUACGGAGUCGAGGAGGUGGCGGACACCACCCUCUGCCUCAUCCUCAACCUAUACAGAAGAACGUACUGGCUGGCAAACAUGGUGCGCGAAGGAAAGAAAUUCACGGGGCCGGAACAGGUCCGUGAGGCGGCCCAGGGCUGCGCCAGGAUACGAGGAGACACGCUCGGUAUAGUGGGCUUGGGCAGGAUAGGAUCAGCCGUUGCCCUGCGCGCCAAAGUUUUCGGUUUCAACGUGAUAUUCUACGACCCCUAUCUGCCCGACGGUAUUGAGAAGAGUCUGGGCUUGACGAGGGUCUACACAUUGCAGGAUCUACUCUUUCAAUCGGAUUGCGUAUCUCUCCAUUGCACCCUGAACGAGCACAACCACCAUCUUAUCAACGAGUUCACGAUCAAACAGAUGAGACCUGGUGCCUUUUUGGUUAACACAGCGAGAGGUGGACUAGUGGACGAUGAUGCUCUGGCGCAGGCCCUCAAACUCGGCAGGAUACGUGCGGCGGCUCUGGACGUGCACGAGAACGAGCCGUUCAACGUGUUCACGGGGCCGCUCAAAGAUUCGCCUAACCUCCUCUGCACGCCUCACGCCGCCUUCUAUAGCGAGGCCUCUGCCACCGAGCUCAGGGAGAUGGCAGCGUCCGAGAUACGACGCGCCAUUAUGGGCAGGAUUCCGGAUAAUCUCCGGAACUGCGUGAACAAGGAGUAUUUCAUGGUUUCCGGUGCUUACCCGGAAGGUAAGGACGCCUACCUUCUUACCCCCAAAUUUGGAAAUUCAGAGUUACCUUUCACACCAGCUGGCGUAAAUGGCGGCUACUACCAAACAGGCGGCGCAUUGCCGGUGCAACAGGCGCACUCUACGACGACGCACGAGGCGCCGCAUCCUGUGACCCCGAGCGCGGCCCCCCCUACUCCGCAGCCAGCCCCACCGGUGGGGCCUGUUGUUCCGCCCCAUGCUCUAAUGAAUCUUUUGCAGCCUCUAAGCACAGCGGAUCCUGCCAACCACCACGUCCCAAAGCCGGAGCCGUCUGAAGUGCAUUAGCAGCAGCAGCAUCAUCAGCAGCACCAUCAGCAGCGCCGUUGUAGAUGAGAGAAAGAGAGGGAGAAAACGAUACCGGUUUCUCUUCACCUUGCGCCUCCUAUUUUAACAUUUUCUUCGUAAUAUUUCCAAAGCUCUGGGCCUGGCAGGUUGACGAGAUCGGAUGUUAGAUCGAACCUAGUGAGUGUGUAUGUGUGUAAGAAGGAUCGGCCGAUGAAUUAAAAAAUUUGUUCUUAAAAAAAUAAAUCUGAUUUGAGUUUCAGUGUUUUCAUGAACCGUUUUAGUGUUUAUAUACAUAUCGUGACUUCGGUAGGCUGUUUUUCCCAACGAUGGAUGUUUGUUCGGAAAAUCGAAAUAUCUGCUGUGGGACAUCAAUUUAAUGGUUAAUUUUUUUUGAUAUUUCGGUGGACAUUUCUCAUUUCUUUCAAAUUUUUAUCUGAACCUGUUGGCUGACUACUACUUUGCUUUCAUUAGUUAACUAUAACGUUGAUAUGUUGAAAAAUAAAGGAAUAACUCCGAUAAAUCCAUUUUCUGAAACAAACCCCCUGGCGUUUAUUUUUUUUUACAUCACAAAUUAUUUUGUAAGCACUUGAAACGCAUUUUUAGAAUCCCUUGCUCUGUCCGAUUGAUUUUUCUUUUUAAAAAAAAUUAUUUUUAAUGAUCUAAAUCAAAAUAAUAUUGAUGUAAAUAUAACUUAGGAUUUUACGAUGUAUUUUUUUUUUGUCAUUGCGGAACUAACAAGAGAUUUCUUAAGAAUGAGCCAUGUAAAGAUUUAUCUUAAUGAUAUGACUUCCUGCUUUCAAACUAUAUCUUGGUGCCUCAAAUAAGCAAUUUCAUAAGAGUUAAAUAGAUAGAACAAGGAAUAAAAAAUUCGUUUAUUUAAAAGAAAAAUGUUAUUUUUGAUUGAAUAUCAAGUGAUUGUAAAAAGACGACUAGUUUUCUCAAUUUGGAAGAAGGAAGUGAUUCUAAAAAAAAUUCAGUCCAUUUUUUGUAAAGAAUGACAACUUAGCUUUUUAUAUAUACUCUGUUCAUAAAGUUUUAUACGAAGCUCAUAACUUUCAACUGUAGUGGAGCUUCGUUAGAAACUUGAAAUUUUAGAAUAUUAGUUUAAAUAAUGAAAUUUCUAAAUUUCACAAGUAGUUAUGUAAAUCAUAUUUAGUUUUAGAUCUUUUAUCAAACAAGUGCAUUAUUUUUUGAAUGAUAAGUAUGAUUAGGUGAACUGCCACAUUUUCUAUCUAAAAUUAAUACAAAUAGGUUUCUGUUGAACGAUAGUAGCAUAAAAUGAAACUGAGAUAUUCAUCUUAUGGCGAUUUAUUCGCCUUCACUGGAAAUUCCCCUCAACGAUGGAAAAUGUCGCAAUUAGUAUGAAUGUGAGAAUGGCCCAUAUUUUCUGUUGAUGAACACUAGAAAAGAUUAAACUUAUUAUAUUGAUUGGUAAUAUAUGAGAUAUAUAAUGAGACUUGUGUUUUAAAAAUGUUGUAAACCAGUGUGAAAUUGGUUUCAAAAGUGAACUACUAAAAAAAAUGGAACAAUUUUCAGGUGAAGUGCAGUUAAGUUUCGUUUCGUAAAUGUAGAAUAAAUUUAGUGAUAAUUGUCGAUGAUUUCAGUGAUAACUUUCAAACUGCUUCAAGUGGAAAUGCAUACUUUUGUUCGGUCGCUUUUUCUACUAUUAUAAACCCAUAACUUUCUUGUUUUAAAUCUCUUCGAUUCUAAAAUAAAAAAAAAGAGCUCCAAAUCUUAUUUCAUGUCAGUUUUAGUUCGUUUCAUCUCGUCAUUUGGAAAAUCCAACUCAUAGCAAAAUUUACGUAGUUUUGAACAUUCCAAAAAGGGUUUUACAGACUAAAUGAAAACAGUUAUGGUGUGCUAUUUGCUAAGUAUAUUUUUAUAUAAAUCAUUAUUAAUCUCGAAAUGUAGAAAAUGGUUCACCUGUGCUGAUCAACAACAAAGUAAAAACAAAGAAAAAAGCUCGAACAAGGGAAUGCAUUUUCUUCAGGUACACAAUAGAUCAGCAUGUCAAAAAAAUGUAGGGCUAAUGGACUUCCACAUUUUGAAAAUAAAUAUCUUUAAAGUGAA